AUGCCAAUUUCUGAAAUUUAUCUGGAUGAUCCACCAGCGUAUAUAGAAGAAGAAAUCAUCAAGAAACCCCCAGUGCAAGUUUGCGGACCACCAGAAAAUCCAGUUUUUGAGCCCGUGGAACGCCAACGACACUUUGGAAUUCUGACCUACACAGUUAACGAUAGGUUAAAAAAAAUGAUGAUUCUUCAUGUCAUACUUAUACUUCUGCUCGCUGGAAAUGGUGUUACGCUUCUGACUAUUCUGCUACAUCAAGGAUGUUCUGAAGAAUUAACAUCUACAACUCCAGAAGAAACGACUGCAACCAGUAGUACAAGUAUCAAAACCACUCCGGAUCCUGCCUUUAUGUAUGCAACCGGCCGCCGGCUGCCGCUUUGCCCGCGCGAUACCUCCUGCGGUACUACAAGACCAUUAACAUUCCUAUUCGCCUAUUCUAAUGAUUUAUCGUCGAAAACGGUUUUGGAUUCACGGAAUCAAUUUUUAAAUAACGUUGGUAUUCAAAAAUUUUCUUAUUACGGCAGUGUUCGAUUUGAUACAUCAUCUAUGGAUAUUCCGAUUUAUUCAAACAUAAACGAUUUCCACGACGCCAUUCAAAACAACCUCCCUAAUCCAAACAUUGGUUUCCAGUCCUACAGCAUCGGAAGUAAUGUAUUUGAUGCUAUUGAGAGCACCGACGGAACCAUUGUAAGAACGAGGAUGAAUCUUCAGGUAGUCUAUUCCAAGAUGAGCCUGGAUUACAAUUACUCGGGAUCGGAUGUGCACAACCUCCAGAUUCGGAUCUACAGUGCCACACCAACCAACAACUGGCUGCCAUACAAUGAUUGA